AUGAGUAAUAGCAGACAGUUACCCUUUGCUGAUGCAGCUACAAUAGUCAGAGCACAUCAAAAGGAUGCUUAUUUCGAGUCUUCGUAUAGGAGCCAGCUCCAGGAUUUGAUCCAAAUGAUCAAGGGUCAAAGGUUCAUCAAUGCCCACCCUGAGGAAAUAACAGUCUUUGCUAAGGCAACAUACUUGGCACUAACUACACUAAUUGGAGCUAGGACUUUGGGUGAGGAAUAUGUGGAUUUGAUAUAUGUUAAUCGAUCAGGAAAGAAAUUGCCCAGGUUACUACCGAGACUUGGUUUCAUAUUAGCAUAUGCUUUAGUUCCAUACAUAGUCAACAAAACGAUCAAAUAUGUCCAAUUGAAAAAGGAGAGGAACCUCGAAGAUGGGAAGAAGGCGGACUCAUGGUUGAUGAAGUUUUUAUCGAGCUACACUGGUGUUUUAGAUACAUUGCUUAACCUUCAUAUCGCAAUCUUCUACUUCAAGGGUGAAUUUUAUUCAAUCUCAAAGAGAAUAUUUGGUCUUCGUUAUGCUUUCGGUCAUCACAAGGAACCUGAAAAGAUGCAACGUGGAAAUUAUUCGCUUCUUGGUGCCUUAAUGGUUAUUCAGAUAGCAGUCAAAUCACUUAUGAAUUUGAAAGAGUACAGCGACGGACAUAUAAACAAAGAAGAAACCAUCAAAGAAAAAUCAGCUUUGAAUGAGAAAAAUGAUGCAAAAAUCACUAGCAUCACACAAUUGAGUCAACUAAGUGACAGUUUUGAUUCCAAGUAUUUGAUUGACUUGAGCGAUGAAUCUCGGUUACCGUAUUUGCAAAAUGAAUCAAGGAAUUGCAUGUUGUGCUUGUCCCCCAUGGUGACGCCAUCGGCUGCAAAUUGUGGUCAUUUAUAUUGCUGGGAUUGCAUUGUUGAUUGGAUUAGGGAAAAUCCAGAGUGUCCAUUGUGUAGACAACAAUGCUUGGAGCAACAUUUGCUACCAUUGAAGUAA